GAGUGCUCCGCGGGCAAUCGACGAAAAUAAUUCAAUAUAAAUACUAUAUAUUGUAUACGCAACAAUAUAUUGGAAAAACAGACAGAAAACAAAAAAAAACUACGCAAAAAAGAAGGGUGAAAAGAAAAGCAAAAAGAAAAAAACACUUGAACUGUAGGUGCGAAAAAUGUUGCGUUUGGCAAUGUGUGUGAACAACCUGGGCCAAGGAGCCGUCAAUGCCCAGCGGCAGCUAAACAAUUAUGAAAUUAAUAGUCUCUUAAUUGGCGCCGAUAAUUAUUGAAAACAAAUAUUGAACAGCAUUGAACCUAGCAGCAGAAGUACGAAAAGUGCGCGAGUGCGAGAAAAGACAAACAAAAGUCGUGCGAAAAGUCGAGCCAAAGUGUUGACAAGCUGUUGGCCAACUUGUUGUGGCCAUUUCACAUUCUCUUUUUUUGGCCAAGUGGACCUUGUGCUAAAGAAAAACUUUAGAGGUUCAGUGAACGUGCACGUUCGGCCAUGAAGCACGAGAAGAGUUCAGCCAUGGCCGCCAAUGGUACGCCCCCGCUGAGGCGGGACAAGCAGCGACAGCAGCUGCUGGAAUCCGGCGGAGUCCCACGCAGUCCCAUUACCAAGGCCUUUGACUUUCUGCCCUGGUCACGCAGUCGCAGCAAGGCGCCGGUGUGCAGCAAGCCGGAACCGGAGCCGAGUGCUGCGGCUGCCAGUGAAAAGCCCGCCGAGGUGCACUAUCAUCGCAACAUCUUUCGCAGCGGCGGCGGACUCAUACGCGACAUGCUCGUCGGCGACAAGGACAAGCUGCAGAAGGAUAAGCCACCGCAAUCGCCGCUGUCGGUGGCCAAGAAGGAGCAACGCAAGCAGAAAACGCUUUCCCGCAACAAAAGCUUGGACAUACGCGAGCUGAUUGGCUGCGUGGAAAGCGGGCUGGCGCCGCGAACGAAUGCCCUGGUCUCGCAGCCGCAGCCACAGCGCUUCCUGGACGACACCUACAUUGACAGCAAGCCGCGGCACAUACUCUUCAACGAUGACGAGAACACCGUGUAUCUCAUUAAGAAGGAGCAGCCGGUGGCCAAGGCGCACAAGGCGGCGUCCACACACGCCGCCGCCAGCCAUUGCAAUGGCGGGGAUGUGCUGAAGGCGCGGCUCAAGUUCAAGCGUUUGCCCAGCGAACAUUAUGCGGCCUCGCCGGAGGCACUGCGUCGCGCUCAGCAGCUGUAUCAGCGCUCCGAGCAGCGACACGUGCUGCAGCGCCGCAAAAGCCUCAGCGAUACGCAUAACGACAAGCAGAGCAGCUCGAGCCUGAGCAGCGGCGGCAGCGGUGGCCCGGCUGCGGCGGCGGGCAAUGCGAGCGGCAUCAUGCUGGAGCGACCCAAGACGGAUAAGCCGCGCAAGAAACUCUCCUUUCGCGAGCCCAUCGAGGCGGGUCUGUCGCCUGUGAUGGCUGCCAUGUCCGCGGCCGUGUUGAAUGAACAGCGGCAGGAGCGGCAGCGGCGACGCAGCUCGCCGCUGGAGCGCACGAUACAGUUAGGGCAUGGAUUGGACUGUGAUGGUUUAUGCAAUAAUCGCAUAAAGGAUGCAAUUUCCUGCGGCCAUGCCGCAAGCGAUCCGGAGUCUCAGGCCAUGCGCAUUGUGCGCACCGUCGGACAAGCCUUUGAAGUGUGCCACAAAUUUAAUCUUCAUAAGAAUUCCCUGGAGCCCAAUGACGAACGCUCCGAUGUCUCAUCGUCGGAGCUGCUGGAUGUGGAGCAAAUCAGCGAGCAGCAGCUCAGCGACGAUGGCGGCGUCCUCACUAGCGAGACGCCAAAGAAAGAGCACUUGGCCAUAACGCCCGAUUUGAACCACACGCAGCCGCAGCGACCGAACCACUUGGAGCUGUUGCCAACGCAGUCGAGUCUACGCAAAUCGACCAGCCUGCUGUGCGAUGUGGAUGACAAAUCGCCAGUGUCGCCCUCGUCGCCGCGCACUGAGAUAACCCAGCUGAAGGAUCAGCUGGAGGCGCAGGCGCAGCAGACGCGUCAGGCACUUGGACAAUUGAUGCUGGUACGCGAGCAGCUCAUCUCAGAGACAAAUGCGCGCAUCGAGGCGCAGGCGCGCACGCAGCAGCUGCUGCAGCAAAAUCGGGAGCUGCUCGAGCAUUUGGCAUCGCUGGGCGCCUACAACGAGCAGCAGGGCGCGGGUCUGACCUCAGCGAACAUUGGCAUGGCACCACAGCAGCAGUCACAGCUGCAGUUGCUGCUACAGGCGACCAGCAACAACAACAAUUUGGCCACAAUCAAUCAGCAGAUUAACAAUCUGGGCAACAUCAAUCAGCAAUUGACCUCGCUGAGCCAGCAGCUGAGCGGCCUCAAUCAGCAGAGCCAGAACCUACAGAAUCUGCAGGGCCUGCAACAGACGCCGUCGACGCCGACGCCACAGCAACAGCAACAUCAACAGGCGCAGCUGACGCCACCAACGCCGCCGCUGGCGUCCACAGGAGCCAGUGGUAGCAGUCCAUAUCCCACGAUAAGCCAGUUGCAUACGAUUAGUAAUCAGCUGCAGCAACAGCAGCAGCAGGAUGCGCUCUCCAAGGAUCUGUUUCAGGUCAACCAGGAGCUCUUGAAUCGCCUGCAGGCACUGAAUCUUAGUGCGAAUGCAACGCAGACGCCACAAACGCCAUCGGCAUCGCCUAACAGCUCCUACUUCUUUGUGAAUCCGCUGUCCUGCACACCAGCAACGCCCUCGACGCUGAGCAACAACAAUGCGGUUGGUGGAUUCAACUUUCUGGCGUCGCCGGGCGGACUUAAUGCGGGCACACUAACGCCAUCGCCGCUGGGCACCUUAAAUCGCAACUCAUACACAGGCAGCUCCAUGCUUAACGAGGAUUUGCGUCUGAGCAUAGAGCAGAAUCUGAAUAGCCUGGAGGAGCAGCUCAAGGUGGCGGUGUCUAAUGGCAAUCUGGCUAGCUUGGCCUGUGGCGGCUCCACUAGUACAAGGGACACUAGCUGCAGCUCCUCCACGCUCGACUCACCAUCGUCGCCGCGUCAACGCAGCAGCAAUAAUAACAUCAGCCCCGGCAGCAGCUGCCAGAGCAAUGUCAACAAUAACAACAACAAUAACAAUUCGAGAGAAACCCGCUUUAAUACUGUGCUGCUGCGUGUCACCGACGAGGCGGGUCAUCAGCGCAAGCUAUCGGCCACGCCCAGUUUUAUAACACGCAGCACCAGCGAGAAGGUGCCCAACCGCAGCCAAAUGAUGAGCCAGGUACAGCGCACCGCCUGGGCCAGGCACACCACCAAAUGAGAAGAAGCCAACAAUAACCAUUGAGAGUGGACCAGCUCUUAAGUUAUAAUAGUCAACUAAGCUAAGUCGUUUACGCGUAAAUGUGAGAAUGAGUAUAGGUUUGAGUAUGAGAAUGAAUAUGAAUAUGGGUAUGAGCAUCAGUAUAAAAAUGAGUAAGAGUAUGAGAAUGAGGAUAAGUAUGUGUAUGAGUAUCGGUAUGUGUAUGAGUAUAAGUAUGUGUAUGAGUAUAAGUAUCAGUAUGUGUAUGAGUAUAAGUAUGAGUAUGUGUAUGAGUAUGGGGAUGAGUAUGAGUGUCAGUAUGAGUAUGAGUUGGAGUUGGAGUAUGAGCAUGAACAUGAAUAUGAGUAUGAGUAUGAGUAUGAGUAUGAGUAACAGUAUUAAAGGAUAGCGCAAAAAUUGUUUUUAGUUUGCAAUUUUAAGUUCUCUGAAUUUCUAGUCCUGCAAGGUAUUUUUCAAAAGGCAAAUAGAAAAUAUACUACAACUGCAGCAUAUCAUAAAAUAAAAAAUAAAUUAUAUAUCAAAGUAUUUUCUCUCCCUUUAAAGUGUCAAAGUAACUAGUUGUUAAGCUCUAAAUCGCUUUAGUUAAAAACUAUUUAGUGAACUGUUGUUAUGUAAAUGUUAUGUUAAUGCAAAACUUCCAAAAAUGUUUGCUCACAAAAUCGGAUAAAACCAAAAUAAUUAAACAAUUGUUAUCUGAACAAAUGUCGAAAACAAACGCAAGAUUAAUUGGUUGCAGCAACUGUUAAAUAUACAAUUUAUCGUUUUAUUUAUUAACUAAACAUAAAGCUACAAACAACAAAACAGGCAAACAACAGCAAUAAAAAAGCAUAAAAAUAAUAAAAUAUCUUUAUAAAAUCAUGUAUAAUCAUUACAUUCAUUAAUAAUUGUCAGCUUACGCAGCGUUGGACAAUUUCCCUAAUGAGUUUUACAGCAGAAGCGAACGAAAAAAAACUUUCGAGGGGAGCAAAGAAAAAAAGUGCUGCAUACUCUUAAGCGCAUUUGUAUUACGCAUACGCCGUGUCGGAUAAUGAACGGCCGAACAGGCAGUGCAUAAAUUUGGUGUGAUAAAUGAAAAACGAUGGCAAGCAGAAAGUGCAGAAAGCAACAAAAAAAAACAAGUGUCGCCGUUUUUCACUUUUCCUUCUCAGCGCCCCCCUCCCACUCUCCUCCUCUCUUCAAUUUUCUCCCACAUUCUCUGGUGUU